GCGGAACAAACUCUGUUUGAGGCUGACGGCGCUGAGACCCUGCGGAACCAAACUGACACGACUGACAACAACGUGCUAACAAGUUAGCCGGGACUGGAGGAGGAUUGUAUAUGGUGUAGGCUUAUAAUCCCGAGCGUUUUUGUAUUUUAUUUUACUUUAACAACAAAGUUUAUUUAAUUAUGCCCAGCAAAAAGAAGAAAUACAACGCCAGAUUCCCUCCGGCGAGGAUUAAGAAGAUCAUGCAGACAGAUGAAGAAAUAGGCAAAGUGGCUGCAGCAGUUCCCGUUAUAAUCUCGAGAGCUCUGGAGCUUUUCCUGGAGUCGCUGCUGACGAAGGCCUGCCAGGUCACCCAGUCGAGGAACGCCAAAACCAUGACGAUGUCGCACCUGAAGCAGUGCAUCGAGCUGGAGCAGCAGUUUGACUUCCUCAAAGACCUGGUGGCGUCUGUGCCGGACAUGCAGGGCGAGGGCGAGGAGAACCACACCGAGGCCGGAGGAGAAAAAGUCCCACGCAGGGGACGAAAGCCAGGAUCAGGUCGCAAGAACGGGGGAGCCGGCUCCAAAGGCAAAGACAAGAAGCUUUCUGGAACAGAGUCAGAGCAAGAGGAAGAUUCUGAAGACAGCGAGACGUACGGGGACGAGGACGACGGCUCCCAGUCAAGCACAAACCAGCAGGCUGCAUCCAUGUUCCACAGCUCAAACCCCCCCUCCCAGUUCGGGAACACGGGCAACAUGGUGACAGCAGCCAAUCCGGCUCCAGCCCAGGGCACCAUGGCGUUUGCCCCUCAUCCCUCCAUGGUGAGCGUCGCUCUGCCCCCCCCAGCUCCCGCGCCGCACAAAAACGAGGAGGACGACGACGACGAAGACUAUGACUCUUAGCUACCUCCGUCCCCUCCCCACCAACAUCCUCUCUUUAUCUCUCACACACACACACACACAUGCAAACACACACACAAACCCAGCAUUAUUUCCAGAUGAAGUUGGCCCCCUGGUGGCUCCUGCAGCAGUGAAGAAGAGGACUCUUCAUCUUCAUCACAGCCCGCUGACAGAAGAAAGCUGUAAGAGAGAAAACCUUGUUGUAUAUUAGGUGUUUUAAUUUUUUUAAAAAGCUUUUAUUUUAAUGUAGAGAUGGGGGGAUUGUUUUUUAAGCUAGCUCUUUGCUGUUUAGUUUUUUUUGUUUUGUUUUUUUGUCUUGACUAGUAUAGCACGGUGAACCACAGCAGACAGGAUAGGUGUGGUUUAUUUCGCCUCACAGUUUUUUGUUUCUUUUUGUGUUUUUUUUUUUUCCUCAAAAUUUCUCUGCAUAAUAAAAACAAAUGCAGUUCCUCCGACCCAAAGAAAAAUGAACUUUUUAAAGCUCAGGCUGAUGGCGAGCCCAGGUGAGUUCUGAAGCGUCAUCUUUCAUCUUUCAGCCGAUUGCUAAGAUGCCACUUGCAUCUUUCUAGUCGUUCCUGAUCUCAGUCGACAAAAAAGCAGAUGAAUUUUUUUAUUUAUUUAUUUUUUCCUACCAUGUGUUUGCAACCUGCUGUUUACUUUUGUUUCAAAUUUAGUCUCUACUUUAAACUCAAAAUUGAUUUCAACCACAUCAGCAGGGGGUAAAGAUUUUGAUCUAAGUGUGUUUUUAUUAUUUCACUUACCCAUAAAUUUGUUUGCCUGUAAAAUACACAAUGAAUAUUGGACCAUGUUUUUUUUUUUUUCUUUUAAAGUUGUUUUUUUUUCUGGCCACACCCUCCAACGUUCGCUCCUCUGCCUUUAACAUUCGUUUUUCCUUCUUUUAGAUUCUUUAUUUUAAACAAACACAGAGGUGGAACUCCCAUUAAGCGCCGAGCUUGUUAAAAAAUGGUUGCGAGACAGUUUACUCUGUAUUGUAAACUUUUAAUGUUCUUUUUAUUUUGUAUGGGUGAAAUAAAGUUCACAUUUCAAUUAAAAAAA